UAGGUCUCCUAUGCUGAGUGUAAGAAGUAAUGAGCUUAAAUUACAGCAGUGAACAUUUGCAUUAGACAUUAAGAAAAACUUUUAGAGAGUUGAAUAAUGAAUCGUUAGAACAGAAUGCCUGAGGAGGUACUGCAGUUUCCACUGGUGGUGAUAUUCAGCAAUGGGUUAGACAAACAUCUGAUAGGAAUGGUUUAAAUAUAGUUAAUUCUGCCUUGAAGCUGAGGGGUAAGUUAAAUAACCUCUCAAGAGGAGCAUCUCUAACUUGGGUUUUUUUGGAAAGUAAUAAGUGAACAUGAAGUUCACUGGGACAGCAGACGCUUGAGCAGAAAGACAGAGCUCAAGAUUUACACUUAAGGAAAGUUGCCCUCUGACAUGCGAGCACAAGCAAUCACGCUGUGAAUUUGAAAUUGUUAUAGAAAAGCAGGCUUGCAUUAAAAGACACACAACUGGAAGUGUGAUAACAUUGUGUUUUACAUCAGAGUAAAUCUGCUGCUCUUAAAGCUUACAACCAUAAGAGGACGUUAUGACUGUGAGGGCUGCAUGAUAUUUGUAGCUUGGGAUGGAUUGAUGUUACACAUACUCUUAAUACAAGCAUGCAGAGGGAAGAACUUUGCAUGUUCCUUGGAGAGGCAUAAACACCUUACAUCAGACUUACAUGAGACUCAGUCUUAACAGUCUGUCAUAGGAACAAAUUCUGUGAAACCAAUGGAAUUGCUCCCAUGUCAAAGGUUUUGAAAGGGGCCUUGGCCUCUUAUUGUUUUUUAGCUGCUUAAGAGUCAGAAAACUGCUGUAUGUUCCUGAGACCAACAAUAACAAUAUUGAUCAAGAAAGCAAAGGCUCAGUUAUUUUUGUAAAAGUUGAGAAUUUUAGUGGCAAUUUCUACUCCUGCUAUCUCUUUUAAGGAUGUGAACAUACCUUAUUUUUUUCUUUUUUUUGAAAGACAAUAAAUAAUUUUUUCCUUCCCUUUGUUUUUAUCAAGACAGGGAGCAGGCCUAGAAUACUUAAGCUUAAAGUUUUGGAGAAGGUUUCAGAAAGGAAGUGUGGAGGUAACCUUAGCUGUACAUUAUGGUUAAUGUGUUCUAAAUUAAUCCUGUUCCUUGUGUACCUUCUGAAGGGAUGUUAGCUGAUAAGUUAUGUGGAUCUGUUUGUGCAGUUCAGGGAAAUCUGUCUUAAGAUGCUACUAUGCCCAGGUUCUCUCCUGUCUGUGCCAGAAGAUGCCAUGUACAGAAGCAGAAGUAUGUCAGCUCCAAGACACAGAUUUUCCAGCAUGAUGAACUAUAAGUCAUGAGCUGUGUUGAUCAAGGAAUGGGCAAAUUUUUAUUUUUGCCUUUACAAGGAUGGCAAAUUCUUUUAGAUCUUAUGAGACAGUGAAUGAGAUUCUGUUCAAUUAAUGGGAAUUUUGCUGUUGACUGUAUUUGGGCCAAACUACCCUUAUAUUCCUAGCAAGGUGUCCAACUAUGGGCUAAUUAGCUAAUAGGUGUGCAUGCAGGAAUGACAGAAUGCUACAGAAACAUAAAUGGCUAAAAUAACAUUAGAUAUGAAUUGUUUGUCUCAGAAUUGAAUAGCAAAAAUAUCCUGCAUGGAAUUAGUCCUGAACAUACACUUCUCCAUCUAUGCUUUGUGAAAUUAUAGUCAGUCCUGUCUUUAAUAUAGUUAGGAGACUUAUACUGAACAUUUGCCCAUGUUAGGAUGUUAGGUAGAGGGGCUUCAAUGUUUGAAAUAAGAACUUUUCUGUGCUCUUAUCUGUGUGUUCUUAAAAAUAGGGUAUGUUUGGUUUUUUUUGUAAAGAGCAAAAGGAACAAAGAGAACACAUUUUGAACUGUGGUAUCUGAUUAAUUUCUGAUCCAGAUUGUGUUAGCUAUGGGUAUGUUGCUGGUUAUUAAGCACAAUUCAGAUUGGAAACUAAAAGUUCAGGAAAAAAUACCUUCCAGCCCUUUUGCUCUCCCCAUUCCUUCUUCUACACACCCUUCUUAUCAAUAUUUAAACAAACAUUAGAAAAUGAAGCAAUUCACAGUUGAGUACAUGUGUUUUCAUUUUUCUGCUUUAAUCUUUUAGAAAGGUUUAGACCCAGAUAUGAGAGUUUUAAAGAUUGUUGUGUGAAAGAAAAUGCCACAUGCUGACUUCAGUAGCAAAAGUUUGAGGAGUUCAGCUUCUCUUUAUUCAUAUAAGCUACAGAAUACUAUAUACACCUCAAAAUCUUGCCACUUAGGUACCCAAACUAGAGUUCUUUUGAGGAUUGGGGCCCAGUUUUCUAAUCUAGAGAUCGUCUUUAUGAUUCCAGUGAGUAAGGGUAUUUAAAUUAAUAGAGUUGGGUGAGUUAUAGAAUAAAAUAGCAGAUCAUAGGGGCAGAUUAUCUAUUAUGCAGUCUCUUAUCAAUUUAGACACAUGUCCAUGUUACAGAAGAGGCAAAGCAUUUCUCAAACAAAGUACAUCUACCGCUAACAGCAUAUGACUUUCCUGAAUGUAAACAUUUACAGAUCAGUACAGAUUAGGAUAAUUCUAGCUAGAAGAAAAAGAUAGAUCUAAGGAAUUUUCAUCUUUUUCAGAUAGUUCGCAGAUUGUACUAGUAUAACCAAUCAGUCAGAAAUGUGCAAGUUUUCAUUAAAAAUUCCAUUACAGCAGUUGGUCUGUCAUUUGUCUCUAUGUAGAUCUAAACCAAUUAUAAUAACAUUCUUAUUAAUUUCAGAACAGAUGGAGGAUUUCCAUGAAUAGAUUUUGUUAAAUAUGUGUCAUAAGAGUUGAGACAUCUCAGGAAUGAUUUUAAAAUGUAGUACAAGAAAUCUGAAAUAAUAGAAUAGCUAAAAAUAGUGAUUUAUAUAAUAUUUAUAUGCUUUAAAUGUUCUUUUUACUUUUUUUAUUUGCAGACCCUGCUCCGUUAGGUAUUUAUAGAACUCUGAAACUUUAUGAACCUCAGGGGUUCUAGUAUGAACAGCAUUAGAGCUCUUUAAAAUAGAAAGAGACUUAUGAAGUCUUACUGUUUUUUUAAUACUCUGUACCUAAGCAUCUAAUCUUUUUUACAUGAACUUGAAGAAAACGUGUAGACCAUGUGAAUAAAGUUGUACCACAUCUGACCUGUUCAAUAUAUGGAUAUCAAAAAGUAUGGCUAAAGCAGAAAUUCUGGAUAUCUUUAUCCCACAUUCCUUCGAAGAUAGAGUUUUUUAUAUUUAUCUAUAUAUAUAUAUUUUUUUUUUAUUUUUUUUUUAAGUCUGUAGUUCUUGAAAGAAUGCAAGUUCGUAAAACAGGUGGUACUGGCAAGAAUCUGAAAUUCUUACUGAAUGGCAAUUCCAAAUGUAUUGUCUUUUUACUAAUACUGAGCUGUUUUGAAUAUGUAUAUAAGACAGUAACUACGUAUUACAUAUUAUGCAUAUAAAUAGAUGUAAAGCUGCAUUUUAAGGCAGAAGUAAAAAAAAAAAAUAAUGAGUGUAAUGCAUUGAAAAUAGAUCAUCUUCCUGAAAUCAUAAAAUCAUACGAGUUAUGAAAACUGAUCAUUUCAACUUUUUCCACCAAAGCUAAAGCACUUUUCUGUUUUAGAAAAAACAAACAAAAAAACAAACAAAAAAACUCAACCUCAUAAUUUCUGAUGCAAAGUCAUUCUAUUAAAAGCAAUAACCAAAAAACCCCAAACCCUACAGUGCUUACAUUUGUAUUAUAGUUUUCUGACCUCCUCCCAGUAGCCUAUUUAUAUAUUAUAUUUGAGUAAUCUGCAUAUGCAAGCAACUUAGAUGUGCAGAAGCUCAAUCUCUGGAAUAUUUUAAAAGACAAAAAAAUACUCUUAAGUUUUCAUUCUUCACUAAUAUAGAUCUGUUUUUCAGAAUCAAGGGUAGUACAGGCAGUGCUUGCAGGAACAAACCUCUGUAGUGGCAUUGCAGAUGGUUCAGCCAAGAGGAUGUAGUAUGGUAGAACUCCACUCUGAGACCAAAACCCCACUUUUUUCUACUCUAGGAAUUAGAAAUGGUACCAACACAAGGUCCUGUGUAGCUCCAGACAUGAGUUUCUCUUCAAGGGAAGUUAGCAGUUACCUGCAGAUGAUUUCUGUCUGUUUUGUACUCGUCAUCAGUAUAAUUAGGCUUUACAGAAUAGAGUUUUCAGGACUAUGUCUUGAAAUAUAUUAGUUGGUUCAAUUUUUGCAUACUGUUAAGCCUUGUUUACAUGUUGUGUUUAAUGUUGCAUGGGCAAACAGAGUAGAGAAUAAAAGAAGAAUAUACUGUGAAAAAUGAUCUAAACAUUGCAUUUAUAUUAAACUUAAUACGAAUUACAUGCAGAUUUUUAUUUAAUGCAUUUAGGGAAAGUUAUAUUUAAGAACAUGUUUUCACUUGCUUGAGAAGUCACCAGCCGCAGAUGAUAAUUUGCUGAUUUGUGUUCACUACCUUGACCUCCAACAUUUAGAAUCAGUGUAUAGAUUUAUUUUUCCUGACUAUGAAAGCCAUGAAUUAUCUGUCCCUACAGCUCUGUUACACUAGAAAUACCUAGUUAAACCGACUGUUUAUAUCUAAGCAGCAUUUAAUCUUUUUUUUUUUUUUUUUUUAACACUAGAGGAUCCAUGUUCUUUGUAUCCCACAUAAGUCCAUUAUCAUUCCCUUAAUUCUGCCAAAAGCAUUAGUCUCAUUCCUUCUCCCCUGCUUUCCUGCUCACAAAGGUGAACUUCUGUGUCAAUGCAAGGUAAAUGAUGGAGGUAUUCUAGCAGGAGCAGGAAUGAGGGUAAACAGGGAAGAGCAAGGAGCAGGACCUUCUCAUUUCAACUGUAGUGAAAUCAGUGGCAUCUCCCUCUGUCUUACGUAGUCAUCAAUCUGAAGUUUGUCUUGUCUGGACAAAUCUCAUUCCCAAGUUAUGUUCUUUUAUUUUUGUUGAAUUCUUUCUUUUUGAAGACUUUUCAGAGUGGAGAGGUUCAAGUGAUGUUGAAAAGAAUUUAACCUAUUUCUCUAGAUAGAAUUUACUAUUCAUCGAACUAUGGUAGAGCUAAUAUUCUGAUUACUCAUUAGUAUGCUGGAUAUUAUGUACUGUUUUGUUAACAAACUAAUGUCUGUCGGCUUUGAUCCAAAGAUGAUCUAUUUUCAGUGUUUUUAGAGCACAGGAACAGGUUUAGCACUCUUCUUAACUUAAACCUAUUUGUCUGUCCUAGGUGAUAACAGAGACAUGUAAUGCACCAAGGCAGUAGGCUUCAUAUCCAAGUCACAGCUAAAUUAUGAGAUGUUCCUAUUUGCAAGUUAAAGAUAAAGCUAAACAAGGUCAAGGGAUCAGAUCGGUGGUGAUUUAAGACAAUCAAAGCUGUGGUUGCUGUAGUUUAAUGUCCUUCUUUUGCUGCAGUAGCACUCAUGACGUAUCUCAACAAACUACUUCACAGAGAUCCAAAGCACAUGAAAACUAGUAACCAUUUUGAGGUGUUUUUUUUUCUUAACCUCCUGAGCAGCCCGACAUGAUUGCCUCACUGCUAGGGUCAGUGGAAGAGCAGCUCCAGUUUAGAUCAACCUCAGCUGUUGCGGAGCUGCCUCCUAAGACAACAGCUUUCUGUUUCACCUGCCGUAGUAAAACUGCAAAUUGUUGCUGAAAGGGAUAAUCUCAUUCUCUCCUAUCUUACUGUACCUUUUGCACCUGUUUCCUGUGGCUUGUUUGCCUCAGAUUUAAUGGCUUUUCUGGCUUUAGGAUAAGACAGACGAGUGAGUUCCUAAAACAAAGUAAUUCAGUGCUUCAGUGAGUUAGUUUGGGGUUGACCUUCCUUGUUGAACCAAAUCAUUAGACUUGAUCCAAGGUAAGUGACAGGAGCUUGUAGCUAUAGUUAGGAGAAUGAAUGAAGCAGGACUUGCCCAACUUUGGUAUCACAAUAAAUACAAGGUGAUGUAACAGCACUUGUAAAGUGUGCAAACCAGCCAGGCAAGAGAAAGGACCAGACAUAACUCCUUUGUAACAACCGCUGGUGGUAGACUUGCAGGAUUUUGAAGAGGGACAUAUGCAUGUUUCAUUUCUGCCUUUUCAGGAGAACAAGAUUUGGUGUUUGAAUUUAUGGGGGUUUUAUUUUCUUUCUUUUUUAUUAUUUAGAUUCAUCUGACCAUGUUUGCCUCUCCUUGAACAAUCCUACAAAGCCUUGAAUUGUGACAAAUUGCUGAGGUUAAGGAGAAAAUUAUAGUAAUAAAAAACAAUAAGUAUUCAAUUCACUGAAGGACAGAACUGUAACACCAAAAGGAUGAAAAAAUAUACUUUUGCAACUUAGGUUACUGUUUGCAAGUGUUAGAAGUAGAAAAUAAUGCACUUCAUACUUAUUUGGGUCUAUUUUAGAUCAGUUACUGUGUAAAACUCAUCAACAAUCUUUUUAGUUAUUGCAAAUAAUCUAAAUCUGAAUUAUAGGCAUAGAUUCUGUAUUUCUUAGGUGAUGUCAGCUGGACUGAUUUCAUGUUAAGGUUUUGGUUUGUUUUUUUCUGUCUUUCUAGUUUAGGCUUCUGUGGUAAACUUGAAGUUUUUAGAAUGGUUUGCUUCAAUUUCUUUCCAGAUAUAAGUAUGAAUCCAUUUGGAAGCCUGAAUAUAAAAGCUGUAGUUGUUUUUUACAUUUUAAUUUGGUACUUCAGAUUGAGGAGUUUUAAAUGUAAUUCUUUGAUUAUGUAGCUGAGGCUGCAGAAGGCAUUCUUUGUCGAGAGUUGACUUCUUUGUAUGAAAAGUUAUUUCCUGGAAAUUAGUUCUGUUCUUUGACAUUUUUUGUAGUUUUCUGUGCUUUACUUUUAACAAGUCUUUUUCUCCCCAUCUGAAGUAACAUUUGAAUAUUUUCUUCUUACAAGGUGCCUUAUUUUAUAUUACAGCUAUUAUUGAUAUUGUUAUUUUACCCAGUAAUAUUUUACUAAUUCAUUCCGAUUUUCUGGUAAGAUUUACAGCAAUAAUGGCCACUAUAUUCUUGCUCUUGAAGUGUAAAAUAGAGCUUAAACCAGGAUUUUGAGAUGUAAACUUUGUAAUGCUGCUGUAAGAUUUCAAUCUUUAACUUUUCAGCACUGUACAAGAAACCUUAUACCUCUGAAAAGCAGUUAGAUCUCAUGGAAUGCUUCUGUUGGAGAGACUUGAUUUUUUUAAGAAAAUAAAUGUAUUCUAACUUUAUGGAAUUCUUAGUCUUAAAUCAAAUAAGGGAAAAGAGUUUAACUGUCUACUUGGCAAGACAGAAGGAGCAGCUACACCCUUUUCUAUAUCAGAUGAGUUAGAGGUCUGAAGAUAGUUGUCCUUGUUUACAGCAAUAACAGCUAUGUACGUCUAGAUACAUGCUUAUGCACAUCUAUAUAUGUGCUUAGGCUAGAGUUUGGCAUUCGAUCUGCAAAAAAAUUAAACACAUCAGAAAUUCUGACUUGAAAAUGUCAUGACUCCCAUCAUAAAUAAAGGCAUGUUAGACAUAAGUGUUUUAAUUGAAGUCAGCAAUGACCCAUUUUAAGAGCAUUGGUAAAUGUUUUCAAAAUGAAACAUAGGUUUAAUUUUUCAUUUCAGUAACUAACUUUUCUUUUAUCCAGUUGUAUGACUUUCUUGUAGAUCUUCCAUUGUUUCAAGGAUGGAUUAAAUGCAAUCAGAGAGGAGCUCUGAUUUGAUGGAUGUGAUAAAUUCUGCUAAAGUAAGGAUGUCCUGUUAUAGAUACUUUUUAAUUGCACAUGGAUUACGCUCUGUGAAUCUUAAUAACCUAAUUUGAAGUUUUGAUACUUUAUUGUUUUAAAUCCUUCCUUUGUAACAAGGUCGAUGUUUUCAAACAUAAUUUUAAAUACAUAUGUUUAUCUUAUUUGGUCAAAUUGUGUAAUUUUUAGCUAUGCAUGGUGAAAUCCCCAUCCUUUUGACCAUAUAGAACCAGUCAGGAAACUGCAUUGUGAGUUUAUUGUUUGUAUUGUUUGUAUUUUUUAUUUGUGUAAUUCAUUAGUUUCUCAUUCUCAGUUCUUAAGCAAGAACAUGUUUAGUAUUGUGCUAUAAAGGUCAUUUCCAUGUUUACAUUUUACAUACCUUUGUUUUGUUCUUUGAGCAUUAAUUUAAGCAUGUAGUUUAAUAUUUACGUUGUUCACAUUUAUCAAAAUUUUAUAUAUGAAUUUAUUGAGGACUUUAAUGAAACAGAAUUAUCUUGCAAGUUUGGAAAUUUUUUCAUUUAUUUUAAAGCUGACUUUUCUUCUCCUUAGCACACUGGUUAACAGUUUUGCCAUGAUUAUAAAUGCUUUUUUUUGCCUUGUUCCUUUUAAGUUAUUUGAAGACUAGAGCAUGUGCCCAAUUUUAAGACUUAUGCCAAGUUACACACACCAAUAAGCUGUUGUAUGAUCAGGGUCUUAAAACAUUUGUCGUAAAAAAGAGGAAGACACAUGCAAAAAUAUUAAUUUUCAGUCCAACAAAUGUGCUUUCAUGCUGGUAGAACAGAAAAGAUUUGAAGAUGAGAAUUUUACUUCUGGCAGGCUCCCAACCUAUCCUAUGAGUCUUUACCAUGGUGCAGAAUGGUAUGGCCUUGUCCAUGUCAGUUAUUGUAGAUCCAGAGUCAUUAGCCAAGGACUUGACCAGACUCAAUUCCUUGCUGUAUAAAAGAAUUCCUGUGUAAUCUAAAGGCUCUGAAUUUUGGGCUGUGACUCAUUCAUUCCUCUCAGUGAAGGGACUGGCUGUCUACAAAGGUUUGUCAGGUGGUAGCAGCAAUUACUUUGGCUCCACUGUUUUUUGUGCAGUUGUGUAUGUAGUAGUGUUCUGGGUGAGUCAUUCAGUCUUGUAUUUAGACCUCCUAAAUUUAUCUAGGUCCUUGUUUUGUAUCAGUUGUGUUUUGCUUUGGUUUCAGCUUUUCUGUAAGUUUGACUCCAUCUAUAACACAAAGAUACCAAUUUAUGUCUUGUGGAACUGUUGGAAGAUAAUAAUUAAUGGGUGUGAGGUAUUCAGAGAUUGUGAGGGUGAGAAUGUAGUCAGCUAGAGAAUUCCCAAGAUGGAAGUGGGGCUUUUGGGAUAUUUAUACAUGCUGUGAGAAGUCCUUGGGUGUACUCAUCUUUGUGGUAUUUAAAAAAAACAAACCAAUACAAACUCAAAACUGUACAGAUGUUUCUCUUAGACUCUAUCUAAACUUCAUCCAUGUUUGUAAAUCUCAGCCCUGGACUACUGUGUAGUUUAUCAGAUUAAUUAAGAAAAAUGAAUAGACUAAUGUAUUGAAACUAUUAAUGACCACAUUAAUCUAAUGGUAUUCACUUUUUCUUGUCACUGGAAACAUUACAUGUUCUUGCUCUUGGCUUUCAAGGUCUCAUAUCUUUGGCUACUGAAAGUCUGUGCGUUGCUGCUCUUCUGGAGUACUCAUGGAAAGGUAACUGGCUUUUCAUUUACUUCCUUUUUCAGGAGAAUGGUACUUCUGCCAGCUUUGAUUUUUCUCUUUUCCUUUCUCUGUUUAUUCCCUACAUUUGUCAUCAGAGGUAUAUUAAUCACAGAGACAUAAUUAUUCUAGUCUAAAUCUAGGACACUGAAUAUUACGAUACUUGCUAUACACAUUGUUAUUUGACACUUCAAAUAUACAUCGAAAUAAUUUUAGAUAUUUCUUGCUGACACUCAGAUGAAAUGUAUUGCAACCUGGUUAGUAAAGAUUUUUAUUGUUAAGCUUAACCGUAAGAUAGUCAGUGACUGUCAUUGCUUUUAGAAAACCAUUAUGAUAGUACUGAAUUUAGCAAAAGGCAGCGAGUAGUUCAAGCGCUUUACUGAUUAUAUUAAUCUUCCCUUCCAAAGGGCUAGGUUUAAUUAUUAAUGUUGAUGUGUGUGAGGAAAUUAAAAAAUGAAUCAGAACUAGUUUAUUCUGAAAGUUGGGGAGAAAGCUUUAUAAAAUACAAAAUCAGAAUUUUAUAUAAUUAUAACAAAAUCUUCCUGAUUAUCUCUUUUUAUUUUUAUAUUGUUUUAUUAUAAAAUGUUUUCAUUUAUCUUUAGGUGAUUACUUCCAAAUGAUUCUUUCAGAAACAGUUAGAUGCCUACCUGUAAAAUGUUAGCUGUGCAUUCUUGUUAACAAAACACUGAAACACUGAACAUCUUCAGGUAAAAAUGACUUCUUCCUUAAAACAUGUUCACUGAGCUUCUGAAUCUAUGUGACCAAAUAAUUGUUUUCAGCUCCAUUAGAAUAAAGGCUUUACUUCAGAUGUAAACUCACAGAAUUACAAAUAGCAAUGGAUGAUUUAAAGUGACAUCAGUCAACUUGAUUUUUGUAACUGUCUAAAAAUGUUAAAGUUAACUGCUAAAAAUGUUAAAGUUCUUAACAAAGUAUCCUCUAAGUAAGUCAAGACUUCUUCAAAAAAAACCUUUGGAGAUACAUACUUGAGAAUUUUUAAGUGUCCUGAUGUUAUACAGAAACUAGUAAUUCCUCAUUCAGACAGUAAGAACUUAAUUGUUACACAAGGUGAGGACUGUAUAAUUACUGAUAAAAAUAAAGAUGUUUUUUAAGUGCUUUCAUAUUUGCUGUUCCAUACAAGUUGAUGAUACAUCUUGAAAUGAACAAGUGCAAAGUAUUUUAAUGUUAUAACCUUAUUUUUACCACUGUGUGUCAUUCUCAAGGGCUUUUUUUUAAAUGAUGGGGCAUAACUGAUAUUUUUUUCAACUGAUCUGAAGUUGAAUGAGAAUAAUUAAUUAGUGCAGUGUUUGUUUUGGUUGCUGUACUGCAUUAGCUGCACAUUUUUGUGAGGUGACAAUUCACUACAGAACUCUGUCCUGUGCAAUUAUUUCAGUGAUUUUUGUGAAUUCAAACUUGAGAUCAAAUCUUAAAUUCAAAAUUUAAUUAAAUUUAAAAAGAAGCCCAAGAUACUUUUUGAUUUUUUUUUUCCUCUGUCAGAAAUUUGAGAAAAAAGCCUGAAGAUUCUAAAAUAAAAUUUGGCUCUUUUGGGUAUUUCAUUAGAUCAAAUACAGUAGCAGUUGAAAAAAGAUGUGUGUAGAACAUGAUAGUUAAUGACUUGUAUUCUUUCACAAGAAUGGUGUAGGUUCUGUUACCAAAUUGAAGAUACCCACCUAGAAUUUUGCAGUCUACUUACAGACCUUUAAAUUACUGAAUUGUAUUUACUGCUUUGAGAAUCUUUUAAAAAGCUGUUCCACAAUCUCGAGACCCGCUCCCUUUGGAGUGUAUAUCCAAUUUAUUUUGAGGACCUAUGUAGUAGAAAUAUAUCAAUAGUUUGUUUGGGGUUUUUUGGAGGAGAAAAGUGGGUUAAGAGCUUUUUUUUUUUUUCAUGAUGGCUGAAUCUCCAUUGAACACAUUAAUCAAGUAUGCAGUGGUCACAUAACAUAUGCAUCAUAAAAAAAAUACCCAUUCAAAUUUUCCUACAGUCUUUCCAAAAUAUAGAUCAGUCCCAAUUUUCUAAAGAUUAUAAGGUGUCCUUGAUCUAUCUCUUAAGAAUGCUGAAUAUUACUUACUGUAAUAUUUUCUCUGUUUUAUGUGGGAUAUUUUUACUAGAAAUUAUUCUAAUUCAGGUUUUUGGUAUUCUGUUAGUUCUCAGACAUUAGGUGGAUGAGAAAAAUAAAUUAAAAGAGCACAGAUUAAAGGUUUUUGAAGUAACACUUGUAGAAGGAACACUACUUCUAAUCAUUCAGAGGUAAAAUAUUUAGGUUAAUUAAUUUAUUUGCCAUAGAGAGAAGCAACAUUGAAUCUUUGAAAUAUAAGAGAGGAAGAGAGGAGACAAACAAAUGGCAAUAAAGAAGUUGAAAUUGCUAAGGGGAAGCUUUUGUGACAAAAGGAAUAUCCAGAAAUCAGAUGGUAGAAAUGGUAUGUGAUGAUGAAUUUGGAAGGCAUUCCCAAGGAGAAAUUACUUUAUAUAGUGUUCAAAAAAAAAAAAAAAAAAGAAAGAAAAAAACCUGUCACCAGAUGAUUAGUUUGACUUUGACAGUGGUGCCAUUCUUGUGUUCUUACUGAAGUUUAUAGGCAGAAUUAUUUAAGCAGGUCAGUGCUUUUCUGUAUCUGUAUUUUAAGAAUAAGGCUUUAUUUGGAGACAUAAAAUAUUUCAGAUUUGAUUGGAGAAUUCUGUCUGUAUAAACUGCCUGACUAGGAAGAGAAUUACCUAGACUUGCAGGAAUCUCUGUAGGUUAUGAAUGUGCAUUUGAAAAAUAUAUUGUGUAUUGCAAAAAAUUACAUGCAAAUAUUCAUGCUAAAAAUGUUUUGUUGUGGUUGGCUUUUGCUUGCUUACUAUUAUCUGCUUUCUCUAAUUUUCACUGAUUAAUUAAUACUUUUCAAAAUACCUUUUGCAGGUUAGGCUUAAGCAGGACAGUUAAUUUUUCUAAAUUGUGUCCCAUCUGACUGUUGUGCUUCUCAAUUCUGUUGUAGAAUUUCAGGGUCCACAGGAAAUCUGAGAAUAGAUUUUACAAAUAAAAGCAAGCUAAUUGUGAAAUAUAAAAGUUGGUGGAAAAUUUUAAGUUUUGUCUUCUUCCACUGCUUGCCCUCCUCUUCUGUAUUUUAUUACUUAUUCAUUAAUUUGUUUAGGUUUUGGCCCUGAUGUCGUCUUUUGUAUGCUGUAACAUUCAUGUUCCCACUUAAAGUGCUUCUGUUCAGUAGAGCUGGGUUAACAGGCCUGUGAAAUCAGAGAAUAAAUUCCUCAGCAUAUGAACCUUUGAAAACUAAAAUACUGUGACAAAGUCCUGUGUCGCUGGAGCCAAUUAGCAGGGCUGUUAGCUUGUAGUGAAAGCAGCGCACCCCGAAAUGUCAGUCCGCGGGGCUGUUGCCGAGACGUAAUUAGGAGCAAUUAGCCGGUCUCCCUGCUGAGCAGAUCGCUAUUACCUUUCUCCUUUUUGCCCUUCCCCCUCCUGCCGCUGCAGGGCAGCGAGUCGCGGCGGCGACAAUUCCCUGAGAGUGUGUGUAAGUGUGUGUGUCCGUGCUGGCGGUGGAGGCGCGGAUCGCGCUGCGCCCCGGCCCCCUCCCCGCCCCGCCGCAUUGUGGAGGGAGGGACCGCGGCCGCCGCCGCCUCCGCCGCUGUGCGGGGCCGGGCGCUGUCCGAGGUGCUGAGCCGUGCGGGGCCGGGCGCUGUCCGAGGUGCUGAGCCGUGCGGGACCGGGCGCUGUCCGAGGUGCUGAGCCGUGCGGGGCCGGGCGCUGUCCGAAAGACCGAGCCGCUCCUCACCCGGGCGGCAUCAUGGUAUUUGCUCCAGGUGAGAAGCCAGGGCUGGAGCAAGAUGAAGUGAAGCUGCAGAACGCCAGCAAGCAGAUUGUGCAGACUGCUAUCCUCCGAGCAGUGCAGCAAGUUUCCCAGGAGAGCCAGCGAAAGGAGAAGCGAACAAACAGCAGUACGAGCCUCCAGCUAGAAAGGGGAAAAUUAACCAAGAAGCAUGAAAAGAAGUAAAGAAGCAGAUUGUUUUCUUCAGUCCUCCAGGCUGCAGUGUUUUCAGCCUUCUCUUUAGUAUCAGCUGUAUUGCUAGGCAAUGUUACUCUUGUAAAGCAAACCAAAGUAUAACCACACCUAGACAUAGGGUAAAGCUGCAAUAGUCCUCAGCUGAGAAAUAUUAAGUGCAUUAGAUGACUAACUCCAUAUUUAUGCAGUGCCUCUUAACAGAAACAAUAACCAUAGCUAUAAAAGUAGUUUCAAGCACAAGCUCUUAAGGUAUGGGCUAAUUCUCAAAAUCUUGUGAGUGCACUUUCAUGUAAAUUCUGUGUGCAAUGUUUAUGCCAGUUCAGCUGGACAGACUCUUCUCUGAGUUACUGGGUUCACUGAAGAUGUCUUCACUGAAAAAAUAGUUUACUGUUGAGUGUAGCAGAAUGCUUUCAGGCUGCCUUGAAGCAUGUGUUUGUACUUUGCUUUAACCUGGACUCUAUGAAAUGUCAGUGUAAAGUGGAUUUGGUAAGUUCCAUGAACCAGUUACUUUUUCCAUCUUGGGGAAAAAAAAAAGCAAUCCAGUAAGACUACAGUGGCUACGAUCUAUGACUGUGAUUAUAGACCUCUUAUCUAUGUUUUUUUUUAAAGAAGUUAAAAGAAAUACUGAAGUUUUAGUCUACUUAUUUGAAAUACUUCUAUACUUCUGCAGAAAAAAAAUCACUUGUGCCUCAAUUAUUCCUUUUUAUUCUUUUGAUACUGAAUAAGAGGAACUGAUGUGCUAGCACAGAGUUUGCCAGCUUUUCCUUCAGUUUUGUAAGUUUGCUGGGAACUGAUUUACAGAAAGUGAAGACUGGAGUGGCUUAAAAAAAAAUGUUUGAAUUUAUUAAUGUCUCGAAGGAUGGAAAUAUAUUGUCUGAAUGCUGUCAUGGUAGAUAUCUCUCACCUGCUGGGCAUAAAGUGACUUUAGACAUUUGGAAUUGUUACACAGAUUCACCUUAAAUAGCACUGCUUUGAGUAAUGCAGAACUUUAACCACUCUGUGUAGCUGAAGGAAUCCAUGGUGUUUCUGAAAACACAAAUUAAAUAAAUGUAGGUUUCACUUUUGUGCUCCCUUACUGUAAUAACAACUGCACUAUUACACAUCUGAAAUGAAUAACAAUAUAUUUGAUUCUAGAAAUGGCUUUUAGCUCUGAUUCAUCUGAAUUCUUGUAGUAAUACACCUAGAAACAUAGAGAAACAGAUGCACAGGAUCUGCAAUGAAGGAGACAAACUUUCAUAAUUGCUUUUCUACUCAGAUGAUUCUCAAAGAGACUUUCUGGUUUAAGUAAUUGGUUAUUACUUACUGUGUCCUACUGCUUGUGUUAAACAAUUUCAGGAUUCUUUCUCAUGGCCGGAGGCUUAGUCAUGAAUAGUCACAUACUGUACUAUUAAGCCUUUGAAAUCUGCUUGGUUCGAUUUUUUUUUCUGAUUUAACGGCACUGACUCAUACCAGACAAUGAUUUAUCUCAAUCUUCAUUCACUUAAAAAUGCAAAUAAGAAUUCAACCUGAUUAAAGUUGUUCUAAAUCCUCUAAUAAUGAAAACUAAAUUGGAUUGCAAGUACACAGUUGGUUCACUUCUAUAGACAUUGGGUGAAUUUUCCCUGCCAAGCAAACUUUCAAAGAUAGAAGUAGUUCAGUCUUGAGGUAUGUGUAUGUUUGUAGUAAUAGUUAUUUUUCAUCAUUAGCUUUUUCAUCAGUUGACCUUUUGUUGGGACAUAGCUCAUUUCUAAGCCCUCUUUGCAUCUUUGCUUUCUGAGAGCCUAGAAAACAGAUAAUGAGUCAAGGUUCAUUUCCAAGGCUGAUGGGUAAGAGCAGUAGAUGGGGGUAAGCAAGACUGUUGGAGAGACUCUGUGGUGCAAAAUGGUGUUCGCCAUAGACUUGCUUAGAGUGCUGUAGGACAGAGAGCUACAUCCCAUUUCUUCAGGAUUAGUCUGCUACUUCUAAUGCUUUUUCUCCCCAGAAAUUUGCAAGGUGUCUUCUUUUAUGUUCCUGGUAAUUAUGUUAACAAUCUUCAUGUAGCCUAGAAACUUCUUUACUUUUCUUUUUUUUUUUUUCUUUUUAAUAAUCAGAUUAGAAAAAGGAAUUUCAAAAGCCAGUAAAUUCAGGUUUUUGCCACAACUUCAUAUGAGCCUAUUCCAGCUCUCCUCCCAUCAUACUGUUCUACAAUAUCACUUUACUGCCUUAGCCUUUUUAGACACACCACCACUCAACCAUUAUGUCAUGCACGUCCUUUUCAGUCCUGUCAGACAUCUAGUAUCUUGGAGAGAGAAAAAUAAUAGGAAGCCUCCCAGAGCCUUGAGGAAGUUCUCUAUGGUCACCUAUUAAGGAAAAACAAAUACUCUAGAGUAAAUAGUGUUGUUAUCCCUGAGAGCCAAAUAAUGUCUCUCCUAUCUAUAGCAUAUAACCCUAAAUUAAGGCAUGCAUUUAGUAUCUUCUAUUGACAAAGGGUGUUCUGCACACCACUUGCAUCCAGGAUAUGUAGAGAUCUGUACUGCAUGUGAGAGAACUGCACAAAAGAAAACUUUACCCUUGGCUUGUUGAAUGCUUACUGUAUGGUGAAAGCGGGUAUUUUUGGUAUCUUCACUGACAGAUUAUAUUUUCUGGAGAAAAUACAGACUACAGAAAUCAUUACAGAUGUGAUGCAGGUCUGACUACAAAUAAAUAAACUCUUAAAUACACUCUUAAUACC